GUGAUAUCGAUUAGGGGCCGGGUCCAGGGUGGCUGCAAUCUGAUCGCCCAUUGGCUGCGAGACGAAAUCAGUGCCUCCCAUCGGUCCAUGAGGAGGAUGCUGGGCGCUGGCCCGGCGCCUCCCCCAAAAAAUUGCCAUCAGCAGCCGCCGCCGCUACCAGAUAAGAUCUAGUUAGUUGCUACCGUGACAACUGCACCGUCGGCACGGUGACACUUGUUGUUCAAUUGUUUCUCAAUGUUGAAGGACAUCAGCAAAGGAUCAAAAAGGACUAUCGUUUCGGCCUAGAUGAAAGAAUGCAAUGAGCGGCCACGACAACAGAGACACUCUACAUAACAUCACGUCCUGCAGCAAUUUAGUCUCAUCUUCCACAAAGAAAAGAGAGAGGAGCGGCGAAAUGGGUUCGUUGACAAGGGAGGAGAGACGGCGGAGGCGCCGGGCCACGCAAAAGUACCGCACAGCGCACGCAACUCGCGAGAGAAUCCGCGUGGAGGCCUUCAACGUGGCCUUCGCAGAGCUGCGAAAGCUGCUGCCCACUCUGCCCCCGGACAAGAAGCUCUCCAAAAUCGAGAUCCUCCGAUUGGCCAUCUGCUACAUAGCAUACUUGAACCACGUCCUCGACGCCUAGGAUACGAAUCCUAGCCUGCAUGUAUGCAAGCAUACAUGCAGCGAAGCAAACCAGUUAACCAACCUCUAUGUAACUCGUAUAUAUAAAUCUUUGUAAAUAGUUUAAUUGUUGUAUAUUUAUUGUGAACGUAAUAAACUCUCAAGAUAAAACAUGUUCUUAGUUUUCCUUUAAUAAUAAUCAAUAUUUUCAUAUUCAUGAAUUCAAAAAAUGAUGAAAUUAAC